AUGGCCCCGCCGCGGACCGCGUCGUCAGAGGGCGUUGUGCUGAUCCCAGAAACCCUCAAGAACAGCACGACUGGCUACAAGAAUGUGAGCUACAGCCGCCGCAGCAAGAAGUUCGUGGCGGAGGUGCAGGGUGCCGGCAAGCGUGUCCAUCUCGGCUCCUUCGACACCGCCGAAGAGGCGGCCACCGCCUACGCUCGCUCGGCUGGCGAAAACCCCAGCUGGGCCCACGGGCCGCCGAAGGACGAGGUGGUGUCGCGCGCUAGGUCCUAA